GACACUGGACUCCAAUGCCCACAACUCUUCCCGUGAUGAUGACGCCGCCGCCGCAGCAGCGCACAACGCGUCUCACGCAACGCUCUGUGUUUUGAAGAAGAACGGAAGAUGGCGACCUCAAACAAUCCGCGAAAAUUUAGCGAGAAAAUCGCCCUGCACAACCAGAAGCAGGCGGAGGAGACCGCGGCGUUUGAGGAGGUCAUGAAAGACCUGAGCAUCACGCGAGCUGCACGGCUGCAGUUACAGAAGACCCAGUAUUUGCAACUAGGCCAGAAUCGAGCUCAGUGCUAUGGAGGGUCACUGCCCAAUGUCAAUCAGAUUGGAAAUAGCAACACUGACCUCCCUUUUCAGACGACAGUUCUAGACACCAGUCGGACGUCUCGACAUCACGGCCUGGUGGACCGCGUGUAUCGCGACAGGAAUCGCAUAGCUUCUCCGCAUCGUAGACCUCUCUCUGUGGACAAGCAUGGACGUCAGAUUGACAGCUGCCCCUACGUCGUAUAUCUGUCACCACCUCCCGACACAAGUUGGAGGAGGACCAACUCUGACUCAGCUCUACACCAGAGCGCUGUGAAUCCAGCUCCACAGGACACGUUUGUUGGUGGAUCUCAAGAAUUGCAGUCAAAAGGAGUGAAAACAUUGCUGUUGCUCACCCCUCCAGAUACAGAGGACACUGAAUCAGAGAUGGAGAAAGAUGAGCCCAAAGCAUCUCUGCAUACAGAGUCAUGUGAUGUUCCUGGGAUUAACAUAUUUCCAUCUCCUGAUCAAGAAAUGAAUAGCUCAUUGAUGCCAGCUGCUCACAGCACAGGCGGCUCCUUACCUGAUCUGACAAACAUCCAGUUCCCUCCUCCUCUUCCCACCCCGCUUGAUCCAGAUGACCAGAUAACCUUUCCUACGUCCAGCUCCAGUAGUACUAGCAACCUGACCACCAACCUGACACACUUGGGCAUCAGUGCUGCUAGUCACAUCCCUCCCUCCCCUCCUGCCCAGCACACUGCCUCCGCCCCCUCACCCAGUAUUAGCCCACAGCAGCCCACCCCAACGCUACCACCUGCGGUCUCACCUCAGAUAUCCAUCGCACAGCCGAUCACGAUGGACAGUCUUUCACUGGAGCAGCAGUUGUCUCAGUACUCACUGCUGAGUUUACUGAAUGACCUGCAGAAACAGCCACAUACCCUUCCUCAGAACAUUCGUCUCAUACGGCUCCCACCUCUCACUGUAAGCUCCACCCCCAGCACCGUCCAGACCUCUCUUGCCAGCCAAUCACAGACAGACACAAGUGGAACUGCCAAUUCAUAUCGCAGUCAGACCGGCUCUUCGGCCAAUCAGUCACCAACAUCUCCAGUGUCCAAUCAGGGCUUCUCACCCGGCGGUUCACCUCAACAUAUUCAGGUGGUUGGCAGCAUCUUUGGGGAUUCAUUCUAUGAUCAGCAACUUCCGUCCAGACAGACCAAUGCCCUAUCCAACCAGCUGGAACAGUUCAACAUGAACAUGAUGGAGAAUCCGGGCGACUCCAGUCACUGUUCAACGCUGAACUACACACAUGCAGCCAUGAUGGGUUUAACUGGGAGCCACAACAGUCAGCAGGAGGCACAGCAGCUGAGCUACAGUAGCCAUGGCAACAUUCCCAACAUCAUUCUCACAGUGACAGGGGAAUCUCCACCCAGUCUCUCCAAAGACCUCACCAGCUCAUUAGCCAGUGUUGGUGACGUCAGCUUUGAUGCAGACUCUCAAUUCCCAUUGGACGAGUUGAAGAUUGACCCCUUGACACUGGACGGACUGCAUAUGCUCAACGACCCGGACAUGGUUCUCACCGACCCGGCCACUGAGGACACAUUCCGCAUGGAUCGACUGUGAGCCUGUGAAUGCAAUUUUAAGCGAGACUUUCCGCUGCAUGGCCUCUCUGUUCACCAUCUGGUCAGUGGCUGACCUAUCCUCCCAACCACCCACAUAACAGCAUGCUGCCAAACCACUCAUGGCCAGGGGCCGGUGGUGGUAGCAAGGGUUUGGGGGGUGUGGAGGUGGACGUGCUGUAUCCACACUGGAUUGUUUCCAAUGCACAAUACUGUCCACCAUCCACUCUCUUCAUGUAUUCAUGUUUUAGGUUUUGUUUUUUGUUUGUUUGUUUUUUUUGCAUCCAGUUAUCUUGGUUGGUCGCCAACGUGCAUUUUCUGUUUGUCUUGAUGUAUUUUGUGUUUUGUUUAUCCUUUUUGAUUCCGUAGGCAUAUAGGUCUCAUUUUAUGGUUCACACCAUUUUUGUUAUGUUUACUAAUUCAUAUUUAUUUCAGUAUGUAUAAUUAUUUUCGUCACAUUAAGUGAAUUGCCAAUUUGCAUCUAUUUUAAAAUGUUUACAUAAUUUUGCCAUAUGUCCAUGAAGAAUUACCUGUUUGUGUAAUUAUGUGUGUGAAAUCGACAUAUUUAUUUAUAUAUAUAUAUAUAUAUAUAUAUAUAUAUAUAUAUAUAUAUCAUAUUUCUGUAAGGAGCACUACUCCCCCAGAUUGUGUAUUGAGAGUUGAAGGGAGCGUUGCUCAUUGUACACUGGAAGGCAUAAAGUUUGCUUUUACAAAAUGGCUUCCAUCGUAUUUCAAUUUGCUAGCAUCAUGUAACAUCCAAACAUUUCAAGAUGUCACGAUUGGUGUUAUCAUUCUUGUUUUUUAAUAUUUGCCUGUAAUUCAUGAAAUUUUCUAGCAAAAGGACAGCAGUCUCUCGAUGGAAAUAUAACCCAUAUUUUGGUGUUUUUGUGGACUGUCACGUGACUUUCUGUAUGUUUUGCAUAUCUUAUUCAAAUUGAAGAUUCAAUUACUGUUAUCACUGUAAUGUACAUUUCAACAGUGGUCAGUAAACGUGACCCAAGAGCUGCUGCAGAAACCUGCUGAACACUUCACUGUGAGAGGACCUGAUUUUGCCUUAUAUGAACAAAAUGCUGUUUUUAACUGUCAAUGUGUUUUUCUAAUCGUCUCUGAAGUGUUUUCCUCUCAAUAUUCUUUUUUUACUAAUGCCAUUUUGUUUAGUAUUGAAUGCUGUAUAGUUUGUACCUGUGCUGCCAAACAUAACUCAAGGUUCUGUGUGAAGAUGAUGUCAUUCAUCAGACAUGGGGAGAGUAAUGCUCCUUAUUCAGUGCUGUUUACGGGAGUUUGUGUUUUUCAUUCCCACAUGUAUGUUCGAGCCCUGUCGCAGCUUGAUCAAGUGAUGGUUUUUGCCCUGUGUGCUAUAGCAGAGGUCUUUAACCCUGCUCCUGGGGAGAGUUGAGUUCCAACCCUGAUCAAACACACCUGCAUCAGCUAAUCAAGCUCUUUGGGAUCGCUUGAAAACACACAGGCAGGUGUGCUGAAGCAGGUUUGAAAUAAACUUUGUAGGACAGUGUGUCCCCAGGAGCAAGGUUGAAAACCUCUGUGCUAUAAAAAGGAAUUAAGGAAUCACUCAUUUACAAUUCAGUAACAGUUAUGAUCUCUAUAUGCAGUGGGGUCUAAAAAAAAACACCCCUUUUUUCAUUCAAACCUGGAAAGUUGUACAAUUUUAAAAAUAAAUCUAAAACAAAGAAAAGUUAAAUUAAAAAAAAAUAUAUAUAUAUAUAUAAAUUUAAAAAAAAUAGAAUUAAAAGUUGUAUCUGAGCUAACGUAAACUAAUAAUGACCAGUUGUAUUUUUAAGAAUUAGUGUUAAAGGAUUAGUCCACUUUUAAAUAUACUUUUCCUGAUAAAUUUAC